UAUUUAUUUGAUUAUAUUUUCUAUUCGUUUCCAACACUCACGAUGCAUACCGCGGAAAAAUUCAAUUGAUUAUAUUUAUGGCUAUUGUACAUUUAAUUGUAAAUAGUUGAUAAGGCAAACAUAAUAAUUCGUGAAAAAUACUUUGUAGGUAAAUGUUAAUUAAAAUUUGUAAUCUUUCGCAAUUAAAUUUUUUUAUUAUUCUUUCCUUCGUAUAGAUUCCGUUUUAUAGUACCCGCUGAAGUCUUGAAAUAUAAUACGCGUAUGGCCAACUAGCCUCUCCCCACAAACAUUUUACUGCUUUCAAUGUUUUAGAUCAUAUUUGAAAAGAUUGUUCGAAUUUUGACGUCAAUAAUGAAGAGGAUAGUUAACUGAUGGCUGACCGAGCAAGUGUCGAUUCUGGUGAAUCCGUUAGCACCAGUGAGGAUUACGAAAUUAUUCCACCGAAUACAUUAAAUAAAUGUGACGUUAAACCUGAGUUGAAUAUUGGCGGUGACGGUAAUUUGGAACACAUGCAGAAAUGUCUUGGUGAAUUAUUGGAUGAAGAGAAUGAACGUGAAUCUAUAAAAACAAUCAUGUCCGACAAAGAUAUUAAAAGUGAUAUACCAUUGACAAAAAUAUCAGAGCCUUUAUCUGAUGAUCUAGGUCAAAUUGAAAAAGGUACAAUGUUUGAUGGAAUUUCGUAUCUGGGCUCAGCUAGUAUUACAUAUCCUAAAGAAAAAACCGAAAUACUAAGGAUUAUGGCUAUAUUAAAUGGAGAACAUGUUGCUGAUCAUGAUAUGAAAAUAUCAGUGUCCAUCCCAAUUUCAUCGGAUGGAGCUGUUAUUUUAUUUGAUGGAACAAGCAAUACAAUAAUUGCCCGUUAUGAGAUCGAAAGAAUAAUGUUUUAUGCUAAUGGUGUUAACGGAACAAAAGAAGCAUCAUGUUUUGCAUUCAGCUGGGCACAUGGUGACACUAAAGAAAAUGCACUAUUUCAAUGUCAUGUUUUUCGUUGCUCAAUUCCAGAAGCUGUGAACCGUGUAUCCAACUGUUUUGUGAAGGCCUUCCAAAAAGAAUCAAAAUUUACUUCAAGUUCUACAUCACCAGAGUUAAGUUCUAAUAUAACUUUAGAUAUGCAAAGUAAAAAUGGAACAACCGAGAUUUUUAUUUUUGAAGUGAGUUUGGAGAUCAAAGAAGAUGAUGGAAAGGGAGGAUUUAUAUCAGUACCAAGAGAUAAAAAUUUCCUUAAACUUCGGGCAAAUGUGGAAAAACAAGUGUGUUUAACUAUUAAUCAAGUAGUAUCCGGAACUCAGCAAAGGAUAUUACAUUUAGAACGAUGUUUUGGAGUUCUUGUUUGCCCUGGUCGUAAUGUAAAGCAAAGUGAUAUGCAGCUUUUAGAUAUGGUAUCCAUGGGAACCGAUCUUUCAGACACCGACGGAUGUAAUACUACUUAUUUGAUUACUGGUCACUGGGAUCCUUCGGAUAAGGUGUUUGAACCCUUAAACAGUGAAACUCAAUGUUCCUAUAUUACUGUAGCAGUAGAUUUAGUUAUGCGAAAGAUUAAAGAACCCGUACGAUUAUCAAUAGAAACUCCUAUCAAAGUAUACGCUGCCAAUGAAAGAUUUUGGGUGUUUGGACGAAGACAAGUUACUCAUCAGUUUUACUUAAAUUUGCAACAAAUUAAUUCAGGAAAUUCUGAUAUUGAUUAUAAACUUUUAAAUAUUGAUUCUUCUGGAGAAAUGGAUAAAAGUCGUUUGAAUAUGACUUUAAAUAAUUUGGCUAAUUUCAUUAAAACUCAGAGUAUUAACCCAAUUGAACUGUCUUCUCCUAAAGAUGAAGAUUUGUCUGAUAAUGAUGAACCUUUGGUAAGUGGUACUGGAGAUGUUUCUAAAGAAUGUAAUGAAGUGGAAUUAGAAUCAUGGAAAGAUGUUUUAUUAAAAUGGGCAACAUGUAAAUCUCCUCCUGCACGACAAUUAGCUAUACUUGUUAAAGAAGGUAUACCUGAAGCUUUACGUGGAGAAGUAUGGUUACGUUUAGCCAAAGCUGAUUUAGACCCAAAACUCAUGGAUACAUACAGAAUACUUAUUACUAAGGACUGUGAAUGUGGAGGAACCAUUCAACGUGAUAUCCAUCGGACAUUUCCAGCUCACAAUUUCUUUAAGGAAGCUGGAGGUAUUGGUCAAGAUAAUUUAUUCCAUUUAACCAAAGCAUAUGCUGUAUACGACACCGAGGUGGGGUAUUGCCAAGGUCUAACGUUCUUAGCUGCUACUUUACUGUUACAUAUGCCCGAAGAACAAGCUUUCUGUGUCCUAUUAAAAUUAAUGUAUGAUUAUGGCCUACGAGAAUUUUACAAAGAUGGUUUUGAAACAGUUUACUUAAAACUUUAUCAACUAAAUAAGCUCAUGGAAGAACAAAUUCCUCAUCUUUUUAACCACUUCAAUGCUAAUGGAAUUGAAGCACAUAUGUAUGCCUCUCAAUGGUUUCUUACACUUUUUACAGCUAGAUUCCCAUUGUUUUUUGUAUUUCGCAUAAUGGAUGUAGUACUUCUCCAAGGGCUGGAUACAUUAUUCCAAAUCGCCAUUGCCUUAUUACAGUUUUGCAAAAAAGACUUGCUACAAUUAGAUUUCGAAAAUAUUCUCAAAUAUUUUAGAGUGACAAUGCCAAAAAAAGUGCGUAAUGAAGAAGUUGCUAGGCAUUUAAUAAAAAAUGCGUGCGCUGUAAAACUAAAAAAAAUUAAAAAAUAUGAACAACAGUUUUUAGCUCUGAAAGAAGCUCAAGAGAGUGCUGAAAAUUUUACUAGUGAAUUAGAUCAAGUAAAAAUGACAUUAAAGCAGACCGAAGAAGAAAAAAAUCGACUUGAAGAAGAACUUACUAGGGUGAAAAAUAUAUUAAAAAAAGAAAUUACAAAAGCUGAUACAGAAAUUAAUAGAGAUCAAACAAUUAUUAAAGAAUACAAACAAAUAUGUCAAAGAUUAGAUGCCGAACAAGCAUCUAUGAGGGCUGUUAUACAAUUACUUAAAAAUACAUUAGGUGAAUGUACUAGGUGCAGAUCAUUUAUUGAAACACCGUUAUUAAGUAAUGAUGUGUUAUCUCAAAGUGGUGACACCUCAGGUUCUGUAAUGGAAGAAAAUAAACUUUCAAAACGAAUUACCGAGCUUGAAAUUGAACUUGCUCAAACCAAAUUGGCCUUAGUAGAAUCAGAGUGUAGAAAUCAGGUUGGGUGUAAAGUUUUCGGAACUCCAAGCAUCCAAAAACACAUUACCUCCAUGGUUGCAGAAAACACUGACAUCAAUCAAAGAAGUAACCACCAACAAGACAAAUGAUCAACUACGUAUGAUUGUUGGCAGAAGAGAUUCUGCACCUAAUACUCAGUCUUUUGAUCUGUAAAGAAUAACCAUUAUACUACAUAGACAACAAUAUCACUCACUUGAACAAAUACUUAAUAAUUAUUAUACAGUAUAGUAUGUACUAUAGUAUACUAAAAAUAAUUUUAAAUUAAAUAAUCAAUAAUUAGAAAUGAGCUUAUAUACUAAAAUAAGUUAAUAUUAUAAAAGUGUAUGAUUUAACUAUACAUUUUGUUAUAGGCUGCUAGAUAAUUAAUUCAUUUUUAAUAUUUAUUUUCAUUUAUUUAUUGUAACCAUUCCACACAACUUCUUGUUAAUAUUAUGUUAUCAGUUAUUCUAAAGAUAUUAUUCUCUUGUGGGUAAUUAUUUUCUGAUUGAAGAACAAUUUUCACGUUCCAAUAUCAAAUUUCUUAAAAUAUUAGUUAUUUUGUAUGUUUUUUUUUUAAUUUAUAUAGAUUUAGUAAACUGUUUUUCAUAAAAAAAAAGAGAUGUUAAAAUUUUUUUCCUAAAAAAACAGAUAAAAUAUUACGUUUUCAGAUUUAAUGAAUUGUAAGGUUAUUAAUUAGAUAUUACAAAUACACCAAAUAUUAUGUUUAGUAUUAUCUUAUAUUGUUAUGUAUGAUAAUAUAACAUAUGACUAUAUUAUGAGUGUAAAACUGUGCAAGCCCGGAUUAAGGAUCAAUUGGGCCCUGGUACACCAUACACUUAGUGGGCCCCCUUUCAACGUUAAGUUCAAAAUAAUUGUAUCACUACAUAUUGACGACUUUAUAAUAUUAUUGUGUAAUUUUUUACAUAAUAUGUCUUCUGGGGCGGAUCCAGAGUUAGGAAACUGUGGGUCAGGACAUUUCAAGGGGCCACUUAUUAAAACCAGAUUAGUAAUUCUUUACUUGUGUACUAGGUAUAUAAAACAAAAAAAAAAAAAAUUUGUACUGUAUGUGUGUUUAUUCGAGGGUCCAAGUGUCCCAACUACCCAAUAUCUGAUAAUAGGCCAAUUUAAUCAGCAAAUAUUAACUGUGGGUCAGCUGACUUCCUGAA